AUGUCAGGCUUGCAGAUUCUAGCGUUUCUCAGCGGCCUGGCAGGGCUCGGCGCCACUAUUGCGGCCACGGUGUCCAAUGAAUGGAGGGCCACCAGCCGGGCAUCCUCAGUCAUCACAGCGACCUGGGUUCUCCAGGGUCUGUGGAACAAUUGUGCUGGAAAUGCCAUUGGAGCCGUGCACUGCAGACCACACCAUACUAUUCUUAAUCUGGAAGCUUACAUCCAGGCUUGCAGAGGACUGAUGAUUGCUGCUGUGUGUCUGGGUUUUUUCGGUACUAUAUUUGCCCUUGUUGGAAUGAAGUGCACCAAAAUAGGUGGAAGUGACAAAAACAAAGCAAGGAUCGCUUGUUUUGCUGGUGUGAAUUUUCUUCUCAGUGGUUUCUGCUCACUUUCAGCGUGUUCACUUUAUGCACAUCGGAUCACAUCAGAAUUUUUUGACCCGAUGUUUGUUGCACAAAAGUAUGAGCUGGGAGCUGCUCUGUUUAUUGGGUGGGCAGGUUCUGUCCUUUGCAUUCUGGGAGGUAUUAUGCUCUGCUUCUCCAUCGCAGGUUCCUUCACUAAAAGCCACAGUCAGUCGAACUACAUUUACAAAGGUGCUGCCUCACAUUCUCAUAUCUCCUCCUAUCCAAGAGGGCAGGCAAAGUCUGUGAACCAGCCUCCUCCAGACUACAGCAACUCCUCUCGGAUGCAGCACUUUGAUAAGAAUGCAUAUGUAUGA